CAUGGGUGCUCAAACGCUUGCUUUAACUUUGGUAACGGAAAGAAGACGCUGUGGCAAAAUAAAUGUCUACUAACAAAAAUGCAAUUGGUUAAUUUUGAAAAAAAAUAAAUAUGAUUGGCGUUCACGUAAUCGUUUUAGCUGUUGCGGUAUCUCUGCAUAAUUGUCUUAAACUAAGUGAUUUGCCGGUACUUAAGAAGUGGGAAAUACCCUCGCAUCACAUUUCUAAACACAUUGGAAGAAAGUUUAAAGAUUUGGAAAAUCUCGAUACUAAACGAAGCCAUCACUGGGAACUUCAACCUGAUUUCACAUCAAAUGAAGUAGAUUGGUACGAAGAUCCAGAGAAAGUAAAGCUGGACUUUAAUUAUAAAAGUUUUUUAGAUGAAGAAGAGUCGAGUCUAAAAUCUGAAGCAAGUGUUCCUCAUUCAAAGCAAAUUGCAAAUAACGGAGUAAAAAGAAAUAAUAUUGCAAAAAACCCAGAAACUUAUAAAAAAGCAAAUUUUGCAAGAUUUGUUAUUAAUUCAAAAUUGCACAAUAAUACUUUAAAAGAAGAAAAUUUCGAAAAUAAAAAACACCGUCAAAGAAGAUCAAACCAGGAUUUUAAAAUAGUUUCAUCUACUGAUAAUUAUCACCAUGACGAUAAUGUAAUUUAUGAAAAAGAAACGAAAAGUACAGCAGAAAGUUUAUAUGAUCGAGAAAAACGAGAUAUCAUAUCAGAUUUUCUUAAUAAACAACGCAACUCUAAAGCCAAUGGAAAAGUUCAAGUAAACAAGAAAAAAGAUCCUGUCGUUAAAGAUAGCAACAAACAUACUAGCGCAUUAGAAAACAAAGAAUCGCUUGAAAAAAAAAAUGCAGAGCUUAAAAUAAAGAAAAGCAAAGAUGGAGUUUUAGGCGAUGAACAAAUAGUAAAAAAUACAAAACCAAUAACGUUGAGACUAGAAAAUUCUAAAAACACCAAAACGCAUAAAAAUUCAAUGCUGCAGUUACAGGAUGUAAAAGCAACAACUAGAGAAAAAAUAGAUCAUCCAAAAGAAAAACUUAACAUGGAUACCGUACCUGCCAACGUAGCAAGAGCAGUUGCUAUGGCUAUGGAACAACUUAAACGCGAUAAAAUGUGGGGUAAAGUGUUUGUUCAUGUUCGACCAAGUGGUCAGCUAAAAGUAAUGGUCCAAGAAACCACAAAAAUGGAUGAUGAUACUAAUAAAAAAUAAGUUAUAAAUUAGUUUUGGCAAAAAUGUUCGUUAUUUAGAAUGAUUACUAUACAAAAAGUAUAAGAAUUUUCAAGCACUUCACUUCAUACAAUAGUUUAAAUAAUAACACUGUAAAUAUUAAUAAAUAAAGUUUUUGUUAAGAAAGUUUUUUAUUUGA